AUGGACGGCGGUGCUGCGUGCACACAGCAGCGACCGGAAGCAGCGUGCCCAGUCCCAGCCCCAGCCUCGGGGAUCGAGACUCGCACCGUCGAACAGCCGGCAUCAUUAACGCGUGGUGCAGCUACAGCUGAACAGACUACCAGUGCCGAACAGUCUGUAUCACAAUCACAGAACACAACAGCAGCCACACCAGCUCCCUGUGCGCAGCAGUCCGUAUCGGCUACGCCCAGUACAACCGUUGUCGGUGAAACAACAGCAGACACUCAGAUCUUUGAAACGGCCACGGCAAGCAGUACCUCACAGCAGCAGCUGCCAGCACCACAUGAGCCCGAGAUAUCUAUCGACACACGCGCAUCAGUAUCCACACAGGUGUCUACACCACUAACCCAGCAAGGACUGACACGUCCGGUCACCAAAUCGGCUACAAUCGCUCAAGUCCUGGACGCAUCACCAUCCAAGCUCCGCGGUGAUACUGCUGACAGGCUGCUUGGCCACCUGGUUUCCGCUCGUUCUGACUCAGGGAAGCUGGAGGUGAAGCAAAGUGAGCGUGGCAGACCGCAGGUAUAUCAAAGGCUUACAUUCGCUGACACAUCCUCCGAGGCAGCCAGUGAACGUACGAAGAGACGGCGAACAGCAGAACUGAGGUCGCUCACUGAGUCUGUAUGUGGUGGAAGUGCCGGCGCCAGUGCCCAGACUGUAGCAAUUCUUCGCAGGAUGAGCAGCGACGAGCAGAUGGAUCUCCUCAGAGAGGCUGGGUUGGCACCACAUUCGCCCGAGGCUGGAAUUGGCUUGGCCAUCAAAGCCGACCUCAUGCUCCCGUGGAAUCAACUCAGGAAGCUGCGGCAAUGGCUUAAGCAGUGUGGAGUGAAGUUCGAGUCAGAACGCAAGAUGCGAACAACACUAGCAGCAGCCCUUCCACCCUACACGGCCAAGGACGUGCCAAUGGUGGUGAAAAAGCAGAUCGCGCUGGCACCGGUGGUGUACAUGCCCAGCUUGGAGGUAGUCAUCAACCACUACCUCCAGCUAUACAAGGAUCGUGGGCUACUGACAUGGCACGAUGGUGCAAUACCGGAGAGCGAGGUUUGGAUAAAGCUGGGCGGGGACCAUGGCGGUGACUCGUUCAAGUUCUCCAUGCAAGUAGCCAACCUGCAGCACCCCAACUCGCCGGACAACACCGUACCGCUGUGUGUAUUCCACGCAAAGGACACGCCAGCGAAUCUGGAAACUGCACUUGGUAUGUACCGCGAUGAGGUCUUGCACCUUAUCUCACAUGGCAAAUGGGAGGGGAAGCGGCUCGUCCUCUUCAUCUUCGGAGACUACGAGUUUCAGUGUAGUAUGUACGGGUUGUCGGGACCAAGUGGCCUACGUCCGUGCUUACAUUGCCACUGCAAGAAGAAAUCUAUGGAGACGCCAGUAUUGCAGAGAGAGCCUGAGGACAGUGUACCCCGCUCCCUGGCCACCCUCAGUAGCAACCUGCUGGAAUUCAUCGCAGACGGGGAGAGAUUACCAAACGCCAAGUUACACAACAACGUCAUUCGUCCGGCAAUCCUUCCUGUGCCACUACCCAACGUCAUCGUGCCAGUCCUCCACCUGGACUUGGGCAUAUUUGCCUGGAUGUUCGAUGCAAUGCUGAAGGAUCUGCGUGAGCUGGACAAGCUCUUGGCCAGCAAGGCCCAGUCUGCUGCUGGAGAUAGCGACGCUUUCGGACGGCUAUCUGGCCUCUAUCGCGACCAUCACGACGCAGAAGAGCAGAUAGCAGCAGCGUCGGAACAGGCCUCUGGUUACCAGCAGCAGCUGAACUACGUAGCACUGCAUGCCCACAACCAGGGUGUUACUGGCGGUAACUUAGAGUUCGUGUGUGAGCAGAUCAGAGCGGAGUGGCAGAAGGCCAAUGACACAGUCGUGGAGAUGACAAAGGCAAAGGAGGGCAUCUCGCAGCAGAUACUUGCCGCAACUGCUGAAAAAGACAUAUGUGGGCCUUGUGAAUCGGCAGUCGAACCUGUGCUGCAAUCCCACAACAUCAAGCGCCAGGUGUACCACGGAGGUGCAUUUAUCGGAAACCACGUGCACCGCGCACUUCAGCCCGCUGUCCUGCAGUCGAUUGCUGCUGCUCCCAUCUCAGUAAUUCAGGAACGCUGUCCCGACCUGAUGGAUGAUGCCAGCGUUGUCCAGUUGCGUUACAUGAAGCUGCUGGACGAGUACAGGAAGUGUACUUCUGCCUUUGGCCAUUGCAGGAAGGUCACACGAGCAGAGGUUGAAGAGCUGGAAUCCAACAUCAGGACCUUCCUCAAGUCAGCACGGAAGGAGGUGGUCGAUCGAGGGCUUGGCCACAUAACGCCGAAGCUUCAUCUUCUGGAGAGCCACACCGCUCCGGCAAUGGAGAGGCUCGGAGUAGGGCUCGGUUUGCUGGCCGAGCAAGGAGCAGAGAGCAUCCAUGCAGAGUUUAACACUCUUGAGCGAAGAUACCGCCAGAUUCCUGCUCUUCUGCAGAGGCUGAAAGCUAUGGCUGAGCAGCAUCUGUCCCGAACCUUGCCUCAAGCCAUUCACCGUCCCACGACAAAACGUCGCCAGUCGACAUGAUCUCUGGCAAGUAUCGUGAGUAACCAACUUUAUUUGCUCUCUCUCUCUCUCUCCUGAACUCGAGUGGAUUUCUUUUUCUGCGGCGCAACUCUUCAUAGGAAUGUACUCGGGUGUGCAGUCUCUCUACCUACUGUUUGCUUUCUUCAUCUUUCUGCUCUACAGGCACACAGCUACUUGACCACUUGCCUCGUCAUCGAGAUCGCGAUGCACCGUCAAUACUCAACAAAGAACUGAACAAGAACUUCUUGAAGAAAGCUUUGUUGUUUGAACGAACAACAACUGACUUGAACUUUUUUUAGUUGAAGUUUCCAGCUCGCGCUGCUUUGAUCUAUUUGGGUUUUACCUGCUUUGCCGUAUGUUUUUAUCAUUAUUCCCUCUGUUUUCUAAUAAUUCCACUGGUAUUGGCAAUUUCCUGUGUAAAAUCGCAUAAACGCGAUUUUCGACAAAAAUCGCCGCCAUAUUGUUAGAUGGCCGCGUACGAACAGCCGUGCCCGGUAAACCC